AGCUGAACAUGAUAUACCUAUUUUUUUGUGUGAUGUAUAAGCUUGCAUGACAUGCCAUCUAAAAAGACAGCAAACAACAUUCACAAAAAUUUCUUGUACAUAGAUAUUAUGUUUGCUACUUGUACAUACUAUUUGAGUACUUGCUGCUAUUAUGUAAUGCAUUAUUCUUGAUACGUGCUUUUCUCAUAUUGCUUUAUUGAAGUAUGACUGAGAAGGCGGUGUGGGAUGAUGCCCAUCUCAAGAAACUCAUUGAAAUAUUGAGAGAAGAGGUUGAAAAGGGGAAUAGGCCAUUAGGUUAUUUAAACAAGAGGGGUUGGGAAAACGUUUUGGAGAAAUGGGAAGCUAGAACGGGAAAGAAGUAUCCCAAGGAUAAAUUCAAAAACAAGUGGGAUGCCAUAAAAAAUGAGUACACUUGGUUCAUGGAGUUGAAAAAUGAAGCAACUGGGCUUGGAUGGGAUGAUGCGAAGAGAACCGUUGAUUGCUCUAAAGAAUGGUGGGAUGAACAUAUCAAGAGAUGCCAAGAGAGUACAGGAAAGAAAUGCAAUCAUAUGAAGUUCAAAAAACAGGGACCAAAGCACCUUGAAGAUUUGCACAUCAUAUUUGACAAAGUACAUGUUACUGGGGCUAGUGCUUCUUGUGCUGGAGAUAUAUCUUCUGAUGAAUCAAGUGAUGAUAAUGCGGUUCCUUUCGAGAAGCCCGAUGGUAGUGCUCAAAUGAAGUUGGCAUCUUCGAAGAAACCAAAACCAAGCAAGAAGCGCAAGCAACCUUCUAACGCAAAUGAGGAGAAGGAAGAGAAGAGUCCAUUCUUACGAUUGUACAAGCAGACAUGCGAGAAAAUAGAAAGUGGAGUGGAGAAGAUAACUUCAAGUGUUGAAGCAUCAUCCGCUCCUCUCACAAACCAUGUUCCCACCAUUUCAGAAGUAAUGAAGAUGGUCAAAGAAUGUGGUGUGAAGGAAAAAACUGCUCUCAUGCACACAACCCUCACUCUUAUAGUGAAGCCCGAGUUUAGGGAAAUCUUCAAUGUUCUUGAAACAAAAGAAGGGAGGUUUGAUUUUUUGGAGAGGGAGCAUGAGAAGGAGAUGUUGAAGCACGUGUAGUGAAUCAUAUUUGUUUAUGUUAUAGACCUAUAUUUGCUUUCAUUGUGGACCAAAUUUGGUUAUUUGUGGACCAUAUUUGCUUUCGUUGUGGAUGUAAUUGCU